AUGAACAAAACCGAUAGCGCUAGCGUGCUGGAUAUUUCUCAAUGGCCGAGUGCGAAGAAAUUCGUUUCUCGAUGUGAAGAGUUCCUGAGCGAAGUACAAGACUUAACUCCCGGGAAAGACCUAGAAGGCCGACUGAACAAAGAAUACGGCCCCGGAAACCAGUAUUAUGAAGACUUCUGCUCCCACAUCAAGCAAGGCCUGAGAGAAGGAUGGGUGGCGCAGACCGAAAUCGACGGACCGAAAUAUCGACGGGGCAAAAUCGCUCUUCCAUCAGAGGCAACCCGGUAUUUCAGCAUUACGACGGUGUACAUGGAAAGUGAAGAGGAGUACACCGGGCAGUACCAUGCUCACCCUUACGGGGAGAUCAACUGUGUCGUUCAGCUCGACGCCACUGCUGAGCUCAAGGCUGCCCGUGAUCUCGACCUGGCGGGCAAGAAGGUGCUACUCAUCGAGGCUCGCGACCGUAUUGGUGGCCGAACAUGGACUACAUAUGACGAGAAAGGAGAAUCUUACGAGAUGGGAGGAACAUGGGUUCAUUGGCAACAACCGCACGUCUUCACCGAAAUCCAGAAGUACGGGCUUGAUGACUUCGUUGAGACCAACGCUGUUCCGGAGGGAUCCACCAUCUACUCUAAAGCCAGCGUUGCAGGCCCGAUCGUUGCGCAGAGUGCUGAAGAGGCAGCUGGGAUGCUUGCCAAGAUUCAAAAGCUCGUGGCUAGAUUUCUAGAUGUUGAUGGCAGUGGCGGGCGUACGGUGAUCCCGUUCCCGUUCGACACAGCGAGCAGUAUCCGAAACAGCCACCUCUACUCAGCGGUCGACGAGCUGAGCAUCAAAGAUCGAGUUGAUCAGCUGGAAGACCUGUCCGAUGAAGACCGGGCAAUUCUCGAAGUGCACGCUGCCUCAUUCUUCGGUAUACCUUCCGACCAGGCCGCCUUCUCUGCACUCCUUCACACAUACGCGCUCUGCAAUUUCGACCCCAAGACGACUGAAGACGCCAUCAUGAAGUUCAAGCUAGCCACAGGCACCACGUCGUUGGCACUUGCGAUUCUGAAAGACUUCAAAGGCGACCGCUUGUUCUCUUCUCGAGUCAUGCAGAUCACUCAAACAGACAAUUUGCAUGGCGCCAGUGUCACGCUUGAGUCUGGGAAGCAGUAUCACGCCAGGGCGAUUAUAACCACCAUUCCGAUGAAUGUUCUUUGUGCGACCAAGUUCGAACCACCGCUGUCCCUCUUGCGUCAGGCUGCAUUGAAUGAAGGCGUUGUUUCGACCAAGAUGGGAAAGCUGUUGGUAACCACGUCAACCGAGCUUCCAACCGGAUACAACAUGUUGUGCGAGGGCGGCACGUUGCCCUUUGCAAGCGCUUUUGCCGACGGCACUAGGAACGGGGAACCUUUGCUUACUUUCCUGUGUCACCCAGGUCAUGACCUAGACUCCAAUGAGGACAAGAUACGCCUCAUAGAGACAUUACACCCGGAUGGGAUGAAGGUCACGUCUGCUCGAGCUCACCUAUGGUCGGAAGACCCUCUUGCCGGGGGCAUCAUGGCUGUUCGAAAGGCAGGGUUUCUUCGAAAGUAUUACGACGAGGUGCGAAAACCACACGGAAAAGUCUUUUUCUGUGGCUCUGACUUCGCAGACGGAUGGCGUGGGUUCAUAUCUGGUGCCUUCGAAAGCUCUUACCGUGUGACGAGGGAGGUUUUGACACUCCUAGAGCAUUGA